CAAACGUGACAUUAUAAACAUAAAGCGGGAUCCAGUUAACAUUCUUUCAAAGAUUCGAACUCACGGACGCUAGCUUUGCGAGGAUGGUACUAUACGACGACACGUGGCUCUGGUUGGUCAUACUCGGCUUCAUCAUUGCAUUUGUGCUUGCCUUCGGUCUCGGCGCAAACGACGUAGCUAACGCUUUCGGAACGUCGGUAGGGGCUAAAGUUCUUACCAUAAGACAAGCGUGUAUUCUUGGUACCAUUUUUGAAAUUAUGGGAGCUAUUUUAGUGGGGGCUAAGGUGUCAAAUACGAUCAGAAAAGGGAUUAUUUCCCCUGAUAUUUAUACAAAUGGCACCGAGGAUGUAUUCAUGGCGGGAAAUGUGGCUGCCCUCACAGGCUCGUGCAUCUGGUUGAUGGUGGCGACAUUAUUUGGACUUCCGGUGUCCGGAACUCAUAGCAUUGUUGGAGCGACACUCGGGUUCUCUAUGGUGGUAAAUGGUGUUAAGGGAAUAGGCUGGAUAAAACUUGCUAUGAUAGCCGCAUCAUGGUUCAUUUCUCCUCUAUUGUCCGGUAUCGUAUCAGCCUUGCUCUUUAAGUUGCUCGACGUUCUAGUCUUGUCUAAGGAGAAACCAUUGGAAUAUGGUCUAAGACUGCUACCGGUGUUUUACGCUUUAACAUUGGCUGUUAACUUGUUCUCUGUCUUCUACAAAGGAUCUGAACUUUUGCACUUUAACAAAAUCCCGUUGUAUGGGACGUUAAUUCUAACGUUUGUGCCGCCCAUUAUCAUCGCAAUACUGGUAAAGAUAUUCCUAGUUCCCAGACAACGAAAGAAAAUCCAAGAUCGGUGUAAAAAGCUGCUCCAGGAGGAAGGGACGUCUGACACAAUAACGCCACAUAUAACAAAACUUGAAGAAAGGUAA